AUGUACUCUGAUCAUAAGACACGAUUUUACCUGUCCAGGCUGAGAACGGGGUUCACAAUCCUGCUGUACACUCUAAUCUCCUGGCUGGCGAACCGGGGACGCGCCAAAAAAUCAAUUCCCAAGAUCCUCGGAACUAUCCCUAGUGGGUUCAAGCACAUGGGGUUCCAAAGGCGAGCACCGCUAUAUUUAACGCUUUCGUGAGAUAUUUGCCAGCGGCGGUUAUUAUGCUGCUGAUUGAGCAUAAUGGAUGUUCUGCGCCACCCUCGAAUACUAGCUGCUAGACUUCCGGCUAACAAUGAAUGAGAUCAGGCGAUUUCAAAGCCGUUUGGCAGAAUUAACAGCUGCCCGCUUAACCCAUCCCAGAAACUCAUUGCGAUCGGAAUCACCAAUAUAUUUGGUCGACUCUUCGGCGGAUAA